AUGCAUCGCAACAUAAUAAAAUGCUCUGUGAAUGAGGAAUGGAUGGCGAAUUUCGAAAUCGACUACAACUCGCCCCCUGGUUGGGCCCCUGGUGAUUACUUCCUUCGAGCAAUCCUGCAGGAGUAUAAGUUUGAACCAUCAACGACGACCAUCACAGUGAAGGAGGGUCAGCACGAACAUGUUGAGCUUCGUGGAAAAAGAGUGGCAUUCAGUGUGUUUGGACGUGUACGUGAGAUGUCCGGAUCGUCUGUGGUUGGAGCAGUGGUGGAAGCGCUGUCUGAACAAUGCGAUCAGCAUCAAUCAGAAGCUGUCACCGGAAAAGAUGGUUCUUAUCGUAUCCGUGCAUUGAAACCUGGCUGUCAAUAUCGAGUGUCGAUUAAAGCCGGAGCUGAAGGAACAGCCGUUCCGCAUUGUUUCCCAUCACAGUUCGAUGUCAGAAUGACUGCUGAAGACCUUAAAGGUUUGGAUAUGGUAGCAGCGCCGUACGAUUCGAGCACGGAUCUCGCCGUUGAGCUAGAAUUUGGCUCGAUGCCAGUACCACAAUCGUACCGAGUGUCUGUGCAGCGUGAUGGUGAAACUAUUUCGCAGUCAAUAGUUCACGCUCCGGUUACGGUAUUCUACUUGAAUAAUUUGCCUCGCGAUAGUAGAGAAUAUUCCGUUCGUGUAGAGCCGGAUCGACCACCGCAGACCUUCCCGCGCGAAACAGCUAGCAGUACGCGGGAGCCGUUCAUUUUAGUGUUCUUCAUAACCGACGCACCCGUACGUGUGGUUCGUAUUCCAAUCACCUCAUCGAAACGCUCGGGUGAAGUGGAGAUUAGCGCCGGUUCUUUAUUAGCAUUGCCCUUCUUUGGACUGCUCGCCUUGAUUUUCUUCAAUCAGGGACGGUCAAUAGAGCUGUUCCGAUCAUUUGUUUCGAUAGUUCGUCCUUCCAGUCCUUCAAUAGAACGAAAGAAGCGAAAAUGA